CUUGCUCCCAAUUGUGAAAGAGAAAAUCAAUUUGGGUAAAGUUCAACAAAGCCGAAGAUUGAAUUAUAUGGCCCGUACAACUGUACAUUGUUGAGCCCGCAAUAUUCGCCACCAUGGCACAGCCGUUAAAUGACAACGCCCUCCAAGACUUAGAGCGCCACCGCCUGCUGCUCGAGACACAAAUUACCCAGCUUCGAAAAGCUCUUCAGACAUGGCAACUCUGGUCCGCGGAGUAUGAGGGCUUGAAAGAAGAAAUCGAAGCCCUCUCAUCUCCCACCAACGCAGACCUCCUGGCGAUAGGGCAAAACUUCAACGGCCAGGUGGUGACUCUUGUCGAAAUAGACGACAUUUUAAAUCUUAAGGGUGAACAGCGGAAUGCUGCGCAGAUCAUCAAUCUACUUGAUCGGAGAAUCGACUAUGUGGCACAGAAUGUGAAAACAGCCGAGAAGCAGUUACAUGCGGCGGAAGAUAAGCUGGAGAAGGUGGGGAUGGUGUCUGAAGAGCUGGAAGACAGUGCAAGAGAUGAAGAGGGUUUACCAUUGACGGAGAUCAUAGAGGAGCUGGAUGAUGAAGGAAAUGUGAUAAACUACAAGACGAAUACACCAGGAAGCGAGAAACAACAGUUAUUGGAUGUCCUACGACAGGUCGGCGUCACCGAAGAAGAGAUUCAAGUAAGAGGGUUGGAUCCCGUCGAUGCCGAAGUGGAGGAAGACGAUGUGACAAACGUAUUGCCAAAAACGUCUGAACCUUCACCGAAAGAGCCCACCGGCGCGGUCACCGAAGAUGCAGCACCCAUACGUCCUAGUGUCCAACCCAGGAAGAAGAGCGUCACCUUCACCGAAGACACGAAACCUGGGCCCUCAUCCGAACUAUCCGCAACCGAGACUCGAAUUGCCGAAAUAAUGUCCCUCUCCAAAGCUCAAAACGAACCUCUACCCUCAACUGGCCCGGAUGCGCCUAUUGUGCCCACUUCUGAGAGCGAAGAGGAGGCAGCUCUCCGACGCGAAAUGCUCCAGUACUCCAUGUCUGAAAUCGGCGCCGUUGUCGCUGAGCUCGACCUAGAAUCAGGCAGCGAGUGGUCCGAGGACGACGAGGGCUACGACGACGAGUUCAGCGAUGGCGAUGAUGAUGAGGAUGCAUUUGGCCGCUCAACCCGCAAGGUUGUCGAUGAUGACCUGCACCAGCGGAUGCGCGAACUGGAGGAGAAAUUGGGCGUGCGGAUGAUGCAGAAUCUCGGUCCUAAACCGCCAUCGGACGUAUCUACGGAAAGGUCUGAGCCGGACGCAGGGAUCGCCCAGAUUAGGAUCACCCAGGAGGAUGUGGAUCGUGCGGCGAAGCUACAAUCGCCUGAUAAGCCGGCAGAGGAAGAAAUAAAGACAGCAAAGAAGGGGAAGAAGGGAGUUCGUUUCGCCGACGAUGUCGACGUCUCUCCGGCGCCCGAAACCAAACCCGCUGCUAAACCCGCUGCUAAACCAACGCCCCCAAAACCUACUGCUGUCCUAGCACCACUCACAGAUAUUGUCGAGCGCCAACCAGCCGCUGUCGCAGCACCUGCUCCUCCAACCGGGAAGAUAGUUUCCCGGUUUAAGUCGUCUCGACAGGCCCACCCUGUUCAGGGCUUCAUCCCUCCCCAGCCACCAGUCCAAUCGUCACGAAGUGAACGAACCGUCCCUACUGGCCCUGAAAAUGCAACGCUCGCCACACAAGUUGUGGAGAGAGAAGUUGUUGAGACUGGUGAUGUAACGGGACCAGAUGAGCUUGAUCCAGGCUUGCUGCACCAGGAGGUCUCGACGGAGUUUCACCGUUUGAGGAACCGAAUGAUUCAGCGAGAGGGAGGAUUCAAAAAGAAAGAGGCGAAGGUUGAUGAUGAAGGAACGAUACUAGAAUAUGCUGACGAGUAUGAUGACGAAGGAAGGCCAAAGAAAGUGAGUAGAUUUAUGGCCGCGAGGCUUGGGAGACAGUAGGUAGAUAGGAAAUAUGAAUUGUAUAUUUGAGGUUGGGUGGCUUUGAGGGAUGUAGAUGUAUCCCUCCUGGUGAUAAAAAGAUAUGCUGGAGAAACAGGAACAAGCGAACCAAAAUGAUGGAAAGUUCGCUUUUCAUCUUCGCGCUUGGUCCAAGAUCAAAGUUUAGGGCCCUCUGACGUCGUGGACCUGGCAUGUUGGCCUCAAUGGCCAUGACGAUUCGUUUCACCCUUUAUAUUUACCGUACCUUUGUCGCAUUUAAUAAUAUAUGUUACCUUGUAAUCGCGCCAUGUGAAG